AGCGGGGCGCCGCAUCUGGGGAGUGGCUCUCCCCUCCCCCUUCCCCGGUUCUGUGGCGGCGACUCCUCCCACUGGGGGGGUGGCGCGACGGCAGUGGCAUCUACGGCCAUGGCGGCGACUGCUGCUAACCCCGAAAUGACAUCAGAUGUACCAUCACUGGGUCCAGCCAUUGCCUCAGGAAACCCUGGACCUGGGAUUCAAGGUGGAGGAGCCAUUGUCCACAGGGCUAUUAAGCGGCGACCGGGGUUGGAUUUUGAUGAUGAUGGAGAAGGGAACAGUAAAUUUUUGAGGUGUGAUGAUGAUCAGAUGUCUAAUGAUAAGGAGCGGUUUGCCAGGUCGGAUGAUGAGCAGAGCUCUGCGGAUAAAGAGAGACUCGCCAGGGAAAAUCAUAGUGAAAUUGAACGGCGGCGACGGAACAAGAUGACAGCCUACAUCACAGAACUGUCAGACAUGGUGCCCACCUGUAGUGCCCUGGCUCGAAAGCCAGACAAGCUAACCAUCUUACGCAUGGCAGUCUCUCAUAUGAAAUCCUUGCGAGGAACUGGGAAUACAUCCACUGAUGGCACCUACAAGCCUUCUUUCCUCACUGAUCAGGAACUCAAACAUUUGAUCUUGGAGGCAGCAGAUGGCUUUCUGUUUAUUGUCUCAUGUGAGACAGGCCGGGUGGUUUAUGUCUCUGACUCAGUGACCCCAGUUUUGAACCAGCCACAGUCUGAAUGGUUUGGUAGCACACUCUAUGAUCAGGUGCAUCCAGAUGAUGUGGACAAACUUCGUGAGCAGCUUUCCACCUCGGAAAAUGCCCUGACAGGGCGUAUCCUUGAUCUGAAGACUGGAACAGUGAAAAAGGAAGGUCAACAGUCAUCCAUGAGGAUGUGUAUGGGCUCAAGGAGAUCAUUUAUUUGCCGUAUGAGGUGUGGCAGUAGCUCAGUGGACCCAGUCUCCAUGAAUAGAUUGAGCUUUGUGAGGAACAGAUGCAGGAAUGGACUUGGCUCUGUGAAGGAUGGGGAACCUCACUUUGUGGUGGUCCACUGCACAGGCUACAUCAAGGCCUGGCCCCCAGCAGGUGUCUCCCUCCCAGAUGAUGAUCCAGAGGCAGGCCAAGGGAGCAAAUUUUGCCUAGUGGCCAUUGGCAGACUGCAGGUAACUAGUUCUCCCAACUGUACAGAUAUGAGUAAUGUUUGUCAACCAACAGAGUUCAUCUCUCGGCACAACAUUGAGGGAAUCUUCACUUUUGUGGAUCACCGCUGUGUGGCUACUGUUGGCUACCAACCACAGGAACUCUUAGGAAAAAAUAUUGUAGAAUUCUGUCAUCCUGAAGACCAGCAGCUUCUAAGAGAUAGCUUUCAACAGGUGGUGAAAUUAAAAGGCCAGGUGCUGUCUGUCAUGUUCCGGUUCCGGUCUAAGAACCGAGAGUGGCUCUGGAUGAGAACCAGCUCCUUUACUUUCCAGAACCCUUACUCAGAUGAAAUUGAGUACAUCAUCUGUACCAACACCAAUGUGAAGAACUCCAGCCAGGAACCAAGGCCUACACUGUCAAACACAAUCCAGAGACCACAGCUAGGUCCCACAGCUAAUUUACCCCUGGAGAUGGGCUCAGGGCAGUUGGCAUCCAGGCAGCAGCAACAGCAAACAGAACUGGAUGUGGUAUCAGCAAGAGAUGGAUUGGCUGGCUACAGUCAUUCCCAGCCUGUGACAACCACAGGGCCAGAACACAGCAAGCCCCUCGAGAAGACAGAUGGUCUGUUUGCCCAGGAUAGAGAUCCAAGAUUUUCCGAAAUCUACUCCAACAUCAAUACGGAUCAGAGUAAAGGCAUCUCCUCCAGCACUGUCCCUGCCACCCAACAGCUAUUCUCACAGGGCAACACAUUCCCUCCUACCCCCCGGCCGGCAGAGAAUUUCAGAAGUAGUGGUCUGGCCCCUCCUGUAACCAUCAUCCAGCCAUCAGCUUCUGCAGGGCAGAUGUUGGCCCAGAUUUCCCGUCACUCCAAUGCCCCGCAGGGAGCAGCCCCAGCUUGGACCCCUAGCACCCGCCCAGGCUUCUCUGCUCAGCAGGUGGCUACUCAGGCUACAGCCAAGACUCGUUCUUCCCAGUUUGGUGUGGGCAACUUUCAGACUCCGUCCUCCUUCAGCUCCAUGUCCCUUCCUGGUGCUUCUAGUGCAUCACCUGGUGCUGCUGCCUACCCUAGUCUCACCAGUCGUGGAUCCAGCUUCACUCCUGAGACUGGACAGACUACAGGACAAUUCCAGACACGGACAGCAGAGGGUGUAGGCGUCUGGCCACAGUGGCAGGGGCAGCAGCCUCAUCAUCGGUCGAGUUCUAAUGAACAACAUGUCCAACAGCCAUCAGCACAGCAACCUGGGCAGCCUGAGGUCUUCCAGGAGAUGCUGUCCAUGCUGGGAGACCAGAGCAACAGCUACAACAAUGAAGAAUUUCCUGACCUAACUAUGUUUCCCUCCUUUUCAGAAUAGAACUAUUGGGGUGAGGAUAUGGGGUGGGGGAGAAAAAUCACUGUUUGUUUUUAAAAAGCAAAUCUUUCUGUAAAGAGAAUAAAAGUCCCUCUCCCUUCCCUUCCCUCACCCCUAAUGUGUAUCCCCUGCCCCUUCUGGUCUUUCCUUGCCCUUCUGCCUCUGAGAUAACAUUUAUAGGAGAAAUGGGGUGAAUCCUGAAGGCUUUGGGGAUACUUCGAAAAACUGAGGCUGGGUGAAGUUAAGAAUGCCUUUCCUUAUGUCUCGUGACCAGAGAUUUGUGCAGAAAUGAUUGUGCUAGGGUCAAGAGGCAGGUUAGAGAACCUGACAUCCACUAUUUGCCUUGGAUACUGUGGCUUGUUUUUGGAAAGAAAUUCUGAAUAAGGUGGGGGAAAGGAGGAAUGUCCUCAUAUUUGAGGACAAUGAAGCAUGAUAGGUAUAUAUAGGGCUUCAGGAAGUGAGCGUAGGCUCUUUCUGCUGCCUGGUGAGUGAGGAAGUGAGAGAGGGAGAAAAGGAGAGAGAGAGAGAGAGAGAAGAGAGAGAGAGAGAGAGAGAGUGUGUGUGUGUGUGU